GUGUCAUUUCUUACAGGCAUUGGUUGGACAGCUAUGUAAUGGGGCUUGUUUAACCUUUGCCUUGUGGGCAAGCAGGAAGGAGAGACGAUGCUGAGAGAUGUGUGUGUGUUCUGAGCUGCUGUCUGGUGGCCGCGUUCAAUAAAUAAAGUUGGCAGAAGCAACAGGAGAAGUUUCCUUCUUUGCUUGGGAGCUGAAUAACACUGACAAGUUAACAGACUAGUAGCGAACGGAAAAGAAGACGGCUUUUUUUGUGCCGAAUACAGAAGAUGAGGACUGAUGGAUUUGUGGAUGAGGACUGAUGAAAAAUAACGCGAGGACCUGCCUGAGGACCAUACGAUGAUGUCCACUUCGGUGGGAAUGUCAGACUUGUCAGACGAGAUCUUGCUCUGCAUCCUCCGCCACGUUCCCGUGUGCGACCUGCUGACCAAUGUGGCGACCACCUGCCAGAGGCUGCAAACGCUGUGCAGGGACAAGACCCUGCUUGCACACGUCAGUCUGUCUGAGGAGUAUACGAUGGACGACCACACAGUCCGCCACACAUUGAGGCAGCUGGCCAAUCACGUGCAGUCUCUUAGCCUAAAUGGCGUCUACUGGCUGAGCGGUGCCAUCAUGGACUCUGUCGCCCGCUGCAAGGCUGUGACGCACCUUGACGUCACCGGGUGCCGCCUCACCUCUUUGCGCUUCUCCCGCCUCCUCUCCUCUCUCGCGCUUCUCCGAUCGCUCGCUUUCGACGUGCAGUCGGGCUUUGACGCUAGCAAGCUCAGCUCCGAGGCCGUGGACCGACUCAGCUGUCUGUCAGAGCUUCGGCAGACGCUGCUGACGCCCAGUUACGGCGUGGUGCCGUGCUGCGCGCAACUACGCAAGCUGAUGCUGCAGUUUGACAUCUCUGACGUCACCAGGGAGGGUUUCGGCGUCAGCUGCCACCUGAUGGUGGGUCAGAGCAGCGUGCCGCAUUAUGAGCAACUGGAGGAGUUCACUGCCAGACUGGCUCCUGGAGAGGUGAACCAGACGUUGCUCCUGCUCUACCUAGCGGUCUUCAGCGUUCAUGUCCCGGAGCGUCUCCGAAUCUUCCUGGUGUCCAUCCCUGGCCCCAACCCGGCCCACUGGCCCGCCGCCCCCUCACUGGCACACAGUCUGGGUCGUCGCGGUGACCUGGAGGCCCUGCAGCUCCCCCGUUCCUGGCUGGACCCCUUCUCCCUAAAGCAGGCCCUGGAGGGCAACAGUCCCAAGCACCUGAGCUUCAGCCGCUGCCCUGCCUUGUGGCCGCAGGUGUUCCAGUCCCUGCUGGAGGGCGGUGUCCGAGAUGCCUCGCGGCUGCUCAGCCUCAACCUCAGUGGGAUCAACAAUAUUCCAUACUCGGAGUGCCGGGGUGUGGAGGACCAGCUGCUUCCUGCCACCAUGGGCCGGCUGGCGUCUAGCUGCUGUAACCUGCGACACUUAAACCUGAUGCACACGCACUAUCACCAUGAGCACACACCUGGAAUGGCGCCUCAGAUGCACCUGUGCACCAGCUUGGCUCAACUGAAGCAUCUGCGCUCUCUCACUUUGCCAGCCUGCGCCUUGUCGGACGGCGUCAAGUCGCAUCACAGCGCCACACAGAACUCUUCUCCAUCUUUGCUGCUGCGUGGCUUGAAGAAGCUUCCACGCGUGGGCGUCCAGAACUACAAAGCCAACACUGAGCCAUAUCUCUUAAAAGACAGCACCUCGGGACUUGCUCAGCUCUCAGCCGGCUGCCUCUUUUUGGAAACCUUCGAGCUCAUCGGGCCCGGUUUUGUCUCGGCGCUUCCUCGGCUCGAGCCUUGCACCCGCGCUAGUGUGGAGCCCCGUGGCAUGUGCGCGUGGGCCCGAGGAAUUGGUGAUGACCACUUGGCAGCGCUAGGAGGUUUACCCCGUUUGCGUCGCCUGACUCUGGCUGGGCUUCCGGGCGUCCUGGGGGGGACGGGCCUCGUGCGGCUUGCCUUACAGUGCAAGGACCUGCAGGUGCUGUCGCUCGCCAACAUCGGCUCGCUUAAAAUCAUGAACUACACUGCCACCUUGCUGGAUGUGCUCAGGCAGUGCUCACAGCUACGAGAACUCCGGUUAGAGCAGCCUUACUUGAACGCCAACUCAUCCUUCUUCGACGCCGUCUCCUGCUGCUCCUGCCUGCAACGGUUCUGCCUCAUCUCACGUAACGGCUCCUUUGAGCCGCCAGCCGCUGAGGCGUUCAUGGAGCGCUGCGUCCACGUGGUCAUGUGCCACAUGUUCACAGGUGGCACUUUGGUGGCAUGCCGCAAUCUGCGGAAAGCUCUCCAUGAUAGGUUUUCAUCAGCACGCCCGGGCCUGUCUGUGGUCAUUUACCCAAUACAGCACGAAGACCUGCCUUCCAUCAUCAGAGAUAUCCCGCUGACACUGCUGGAUCGCACCACUUUGUUCCAGAGUCAUGUGGCCCAACCGCCACGUUUAUCACCAUGGUGACAUCAACAGAAUACCUCCGUGUGAUUGGUGCUGCUGAAACUUGUUUACAGUCCAAAAGACUGUUGUUUACCCUCAGAUUGCUUUGAACUGAAUUUAUUUUUCACUUCACGCAAGAUGUUGCUCCACAAAUGAAGCUUCGGUUCACCUUGUUUCAGUUAGGUCAAAGGUUGUCGUGUAUUUCAAGUACUGUAGUUCAAAAACUGGCAUUUAAAUUUUGUCUUUUUGGUCAAAAAUUAUUUUGUGGCUCAUUUAUAAGUGCCAAAUCAAAGUAUGUAUUUGUUUAAAACAGUUCCAAUAAAUCAUUUUUACACAUUUUAAAUGUUUUGCUUUGUAUUACUAUGAUAUCCAUUUAGCAUUAUACAGUAAAUACAAUUCUUACUGUAUAAUGUAUUUACUGUAUAUAGUUGUGAUUCCUCUGUGAAUCACCACCAUAUUGUGGUGAAGGGGUUUGACUGCCUUGGGAGGACCCAAGGAGUUAAGUUGUCUGGUGCUAU